AGUAAACACACAGCCUGCAGCGGGGCGUGUCGCGGUCAGCACCGGGCGGAGCCGGGCGGAGCCGGGGGGCUGUCUGUGUCUGUGUCUCAGUCUGUGUCGGUGAACUCUCCCACACAAAGGAGAGGAAACAAAACAAAGAGAGGAACUGGAAGCUGCUGGCAUUAACUGGGAAUGCUUCUAUACUGUGUUCCCUCUCACAUCCAGGAAAACAGCUGCAUGCAUUGACUUCUGUGCUGAGAGAGAGAGAGCACCUCUGGGUGAUGCUGUCGUGAUGAACGGGAGUCGGUGCAGCAGCAGCAGCAGCAGCAGCAGCAGCUCGGUGGCUCACUGUCCGGUGGCCGGUGGUGUUUCCUCCUCCGUGGAGGGUCUGCCGCCGCUGCCCAAAGGCCUCAGCGGCAUCCUGAACUCCAGCGGCGGGUCGUGGCGGGACAUCGAGAAGGUGCACAGCAAGAGAGCGCGCAUCCAGGCCGACAUCAGCCGGGCUGUAGGCGUUGGAGGCGGGGACGCGCCGCGCGGUCACGGCAAACCGGGCGGACUGGACGCAGCUCUGGCUCUGCUGCGGAAAGAGAUGGUGGGUCUGCGUCAGCUCGACAUGUCUCUGCUGUGCCAGUUGUGGUCUCUCCAUGAGGCCAUCCAGGAGUUCAAGGGCUCCUCGCUCAGUGCUGAUAAUGGAUCCUCCUCCUCCUCUGAGGAGGAUGAAGAUGAGGAGGAGACAGGAGUUCUCUCACAGCCUCCGUCCUCUUCGUCUCUGCCUCCAGUGCCUCCAGCCAGCAGUAACUCCAGGGACCAGUGGAUCAAAGACUCCUUUCAUAUUCCCUGAUGAAGAGACACACACAUGCUCGGCUCCAUGCACUACACUACACUGUGGAGAUUCAUGUCUCUUACUGUACCUUUAGGCCUCAAUUACACUAGCUUUUAUGUCAUGCAUAUCCUGUCCAGAUUGUUUUUUUGACUGUGGGACAAUCAAAUGACAAAUCAAUAGCUCUGUAGGGUGUUGACUGGCUGUUUAUUAGCCUCAAAUCUUGCACUACCUGGGGGUUAAAUCUCCCACCGGUUGAGUGAAAGAAAUCAAGACAGACAAGUGAGACCGGAUGCUAUCAGCCUUUUUUUGCUUUUUAUUACAUAACCGUCAUGCUACUACAUGCUGCUUGCUCGUCAUUGAAUUUGAGCUGUGUGCAAUGUUUCUAAUGUAUAAUCAGGUCGGAUUUCACUUUUCAUACAUCUGAUGCCUGUUUGUGGUUUUCUGAUAAUUCCAGACUUCCUGUUGUGUAAAUCGAGCAGGAUCAUCUUUCCUGUCGCACACUACUAUUCUCUGCCAUUUAGUGUCUUGACUGCAGAACAGAAGUGCUGUCAAUCGAUAAUCUGUAUUAUCUUUAAUUCUAUGGGAGCAUUUGACACAGUAUUCACAUUUUCCUUUUAGCUUGUCAUUCUGUAAAACCAGACAUUUACUGUAUAAAUCUCCCCAACUUAACAUUUCCUGUUGAAAUACAAGCUACAAAAUAAUGUAUGCACAGCUUAUUUAAAUAUCUUGGCUGCCUAUAAAAUGUUGUAAAACCAUUUAUGUUUUUUUGUAACCUCUAUGUUUAACGUUCUGUGUGCUGCUGCUGUCUCUGCCGUGCAGGACACUCCUGGAAGGGAGAUUUUUAAUCUCAGUGUGCCACAUUUAUGUUCGUGCGUUGAGAACCAGAUGGCCGUAAGUGACAUUUGACCAAUUUAACAGCAGAGCCAAAAGAAAAAAUGACCAUACUUUGUCCUGACUUUGUUUAUUAAAUUCAAUCUUUAAUAUUAAAACUUCAUAAACAUGUGGAUGACAAUGUACUUAAUGACCAAUAUUUCAACUUUUUUUUCUUAAGUGCACUUACGCCCCUUUUUUUGUUUUGUUUUUUAUUAAUAACUGGAUUGGUUUAGACUUCACGUGUGCCCCUUUGGCAGUAGAAAGAGCUCAUCAUUCAUUUGAUAUCUAUAACUAAUUUUAACCCAAAAUGUCACGUACUGUACAUCCCUCUGGUUCUCACAUACUGAAAUACAUUUUGCUUCAUCUAGAGACUUCACCAGUCCAAAUCCAUAACAAACCUGAGUAAAAAAAUAAGGCAAAUUAUAGAAAAUGAUCCCUUUCUGUGAAACAAUAAACUAAAUAUUCAUUCUGGUGGGAUUCUGCUUGUACGCAGGCAUAUUAAAUAUAAUUUAAUGCUCAUAAAUCAUGCUUUUUUUUUACAGUAUUAUACGUAGGUGUUCUAAUAAUGAAAGCAACAUGUUUUUGUUUUUUUAGCCCAAACAUUUAGAACUGUACAAAGCAUAUGACUAUCAAACUCUGUGUUUUAAUAAGUAAAGUGGCACAGUGGAAACAGUUAAAUAAUCUUUGAUUAAAACACUUAUCAAACAAAA